AAAAUGUUUAUUAGCCCAAGUUGCGAGAUCGAUGACAGUGCUUAGAGCAUAAACAAUGGCGCUCGACACAUCAUUUGAGGCCACUUGUAGGCACCUCCGGCUGUGUAACUGUGUUGAGUUGGGUAGGGCUCUGAAGAAGGUGCAGAGAAAUUCCUCAGGUCGCCCCGUCGGUGCGCGGGGGCACGUGACAGCGAUACGACGGGAGGCCAAGAUAAUCUUUGCAUCGUUCCUGGUCUCGUUUCUUGGGGUUUUUAUAUGGCCGCGAACUCAAUUAUGGACUUCUCUCUCCUGUUGUGUGAUGUGUCGAGCUGUUAAGCUAAAAAGAGGGGUGGUGUGCUCCGGUGUCUGGUCAAGUACGCUUCCGAAUUAAAAGUGCUUUGGCUUCCUCCUCCGGCCGGCCGAGUCUCUCUCUCUCUCUCUCUCUCUCUCUCUCUCUCUCUCUCCCCUCCCCUCCCUGCAUUUCUUGAUUUCUUGGUGUCCUCCCCCGGAAGGAAACAAUGUCUCCUGAGCCGAGCUCGCAUCAGUCGCAAAUGAAUUCGAGGAAGGAGAAGCGCAUGAAGAAGGUGGACACCUCCGCGCCGCACAACGACGGCCACCAAUGGAGGAAGUACGGCGAGAAGAAGAUCAACAACACCAACUUCCCCAGGUAUUACUACAGAUGCACCUACAAGGACAACAUGAACUGCCCGGCCACGAAGCAGGUGCAGCAGAAGGACCACAGCGACCCGCCAUUGUACGCGGUCACCUACUACAACGAGCACUCGUGCAACAGCGCCUUCCUCCCGCUCUCCCCCUCCGAGUUCCAGCUGCAGACCGCGUCCGGGAAGGCCGUCUCCAUCUGCUUCGACUCGUCCGCACCGCAAGAACUGAAGGCGAUCACCAAUGCCGGCGGUGGCUCGCCCUCUUCCAGCGCGGCGGGGCGGCGCGGCACGCUUCCGCAGAGCAAUAACCCGCCUGUGCUGCAGCGUUCGGAGACGUAUCCCCGGGGCGCAGGGGCCGUGGAGCAGAAGCCGGCCUCCUGCAGCACCGAGUGCUAUGACGCAUUUUCAGGUGGUGCCGGUGCGGUUCCUGAAGAGGUGGUAGACGCAGGCAGAUUUGGUUCCAUCAGGUUCUUCCAUUUUUUGUAAAUUUAUCAGUGGAAGGAAGGCAAUUGAUUUUACUUUCAAGAAACUAAUAUGAUACAUAUGUUUUUUUAA